AUGCAAAUUGAAUUAAAAAAUUUCUUUUUGAAUUUUGGAAACACUGAAUAAUAUUCAUCAAAUGCUUGCGAUUGUAAAAAUUAGUUAACAGCGUACAUACAAGAUGGCAUGGGUUAAGAAAUGACUAAUAAUGAAGAAAACUUUUUAAAAAACAAUAACUAAUUCUUUAUUAUUUAGAAUUCGUAUGGCUUAAGAAAUUUAGCAUACUUUUAAAUGAAACUAAAAGAAAAACGAAGGUAAACGGUAUAGACCAUAGAAAGACUUCAGAAGGACUUAUACCAUAACAAUCAAAUUAAGGCCUUUAUCGAUGAUAAGGGGUAUCUAAAUUUUUCAUUUCAUUUAUAUUUGAUUGAAAAUCGACAAGUUCUUAAAUUAUUAGAAGAAAAAAAGAAAUUCAUCUUUGAUGUCAUUUACUAAUUUGAUAUGAAAGUUUACAAUAAGUUUGAGUAAUGCAAUACAGAGAAGCAAAACAAGUCAUCAUAAUAAUAAUAAUCAGAGCCUUAAUAAUCAGUUUAAACUUUAGAUGUUAAACUAUGCAAACUUGUAAACGUAGUAAAGAGUAAUAUGGAAUAAUAGAGGAUCUAUUAUUAGGUUUAAGGUUCUGACAAUCUUUGUGAAGAUAUUUACAAAAAUUUAAUUGAAAUAGAUAAACACUCCUAUGGUAAUAUUUAACAGGGAUAAUUGAACAAACUAGAAGAACAAAUCAAUAGGCUUCUAAUUUCUUUAGAUAUUAGUAUCUAAGAAACCUUAAGAAACCUAUUUUUAACAAUAUAUUUGAAGAAUGGGGAAAAAAAGCAUUAUUAAUUCAACCAAUUGAUGUUUCUAUCAGAAUUUUUCGAUAGUAAAUUAUAAUUAAAUGAAACAUUUCAAGUUAGGUUUCAACUACUAAUCUAGAUAUUAUGCGCUUAUUUAUUAAAAAUAUAUUUAAAUCUUCAUAUAAGCUUUCCUUAGAAAGAUAUUAUCCUAAUUAAUUCAAGAAAACAAAUCAAACUUGACAUGCUAGCAUAUUUAAAAUACUCUUCAAGUGGAACUGAAUAAUUAUAAUAGCCAGAUUAGAUGAUAGAAAUAUCGAAUUAUUUUGAAAUUUUGUUGCCUAAUAGAGAAAGACCCAUCAUAUUAGAUAAUUAUAACAUCACUAAUGAGCUAUAAAACAUGAAAUAGCUAAUAAAACAAAAUAAAAUAACUGUGAGUGAUUUAGUUAAAUAGUUAGUUCAAAUGGAUAAGGACUUUGAAAAUAUCUUAUAUCUUAUAACAUGA